AAUAUGGCUGAUGCGACAGCGGUAGUGGAGGGAAGAAUAAAGUUUCGCGACGGCAAAAAGUGGAAAAGGCGAUGGUGUGCUAUGAGAAAGCCGUCUCCUGUAGCUGACCGGCUACAGGUGCUACUGUACAAAGAUGUCAAGGAGGCCAUGCGUGAAGGUGGCAAGCCCAAACGGACUUGUCUGCUGGAGGGAUUCUACGGCCUGGAGUCAGAUUUCGACUUUGACCACCAGGAAUACGUCAUGGCCAUUAUAUGCCAGAAGCAGGUGGUCCUCAUGGCCUUCGAGUCGAAUGAAGACAUGAUACAGUUUCACGUCCAGAUACGCAGGAGUUUGGGUGAAGAACACCAGUUUCCAGUCCAGAUUGCCAAAGUACCGUCAAACAGUAAACUGCCUCUACAGUCGGUUAAGCUACUCAUCCAUGGUCAACGCUUCUGUUUUACUGUCCACACCUGCCACACACCCCCACGCAUACUUCAGACAUGGCAAAUUUCUGACCUUCGGCGGUUUGGUUCAGUCGAUGGCAAAUUCUGCUUUGAGGGAGGAUCCAAGUGUGGAAAAGGUGUGGGCUUUCAUGUCCUAUUGUCCGACCAUGCAGAUGACAUAGCAAAGAUUGUCCAUCUAGCCAGUGUCGGAAAGUCUCCCAGUUGCCAAAGAGCUGCAAACAAGCGAAGCUCUCAGUUCCCGGGAACCCUUGAUUCAUUAUGUUCAAGUCCGCACCAUGGGACCCCACAGUCCAUGCUUGGAGGGUACAGCCUGGGACGGAACCAAGACUUGUGGACUUGGAACAAGCGGCAUUCGAUCAGUGUCAUAGACUAUCGCCGAAUGGCUGGCCUCACAGACAAACUCAAAAUGAUAAGCAUAGAAAACCUUGAACGCCAGCGUCUGAUGGCCAUCUAUGAUAUUCCGCCAAAUCGUGUUCGAAAAGUUGACAAUAGCUCUAGUCCACCUCAGUCAGCCAACAGCAUGCAGAAGAUGGAAAGAGACCAGAAGUGUCCCAUGUGUUGUGCUCAAAGAAUCGAAAAGCAGAAUCUGUGUAUUCAUGGUUAUAUGACCUCAUUGUUCCACCCAGAACAUUGUGGUGUUGUUUCCAGUUCAAGUUACAGUGAUUCAAACUCGUCAGAUAGUCGUGAACAAGGCAUCCAUUCUGGAAACUACAGCAAUUAUUUCAUGGUUGGCCAGCAAAGUAAUUUCCAACUCUCGGUCAUUGAGGAUGAAUUCCGCUCAGCGGUUGAUCGGUGCAGACGCCAAGAAGCAUUGCAGUCGCUUAAAAAUGAGGAGAGUUCCCUUCAGAGGGAGAUAACUUUGCUGGAUGAAAUAUUACAAGUGUGUAAAGGUGAUGACCAUGCUAAGCCCGAGAGUCAGAACGGGGUCCAGAAAACCACAAACAAGAGUGUCAAGGCAUCCAGUCUUCCCACCAAAGUGAGAAAAGAUUAUGCCGUUGAUGCGGAAUUCUGUAAGCAUGUGGGAGUGUCCGUCUCUGCAGAAAACUGCAGCAGAAGCAACAAUCAGAACAGUAAUCAAAACACUGCCAGUCCCAAUGUACUCUCGAAAUUAGAGAAAAUCCCUUUUCAUUCUAAAUUAUUAGUUCCUUUACCAUACAUUAAUCUUUCAAAGUUUGAUGAGAAUGGUGAUGGGAGCAGUAGCCAUGUACACAUGCCAGGAAGUAAAGAAAAUAUGUUGUCUGGAAGUAAAGAAAAACUUACAAAUGGGAGCAGAGAAAAACGUACUGUUGGUAGUGGAUGUAACAGCAGCAGUUUGACUAAUGUUUCUUCCAGUGGUUCUGGGGAGAAAAUAGUACGGUCCUCACCAUCAAAGACAAAAGAGAAACUCGGAAUGCGAUCAUCCAGUGAGUCGCAUAUUGCCAUCAGAAGUACAGCAUUGAUACGUGAACCAAUCUAUGCAAAUGAGGUUAGAAGGAAGUCGGACACCCCUCCCCCAGAGCUGCCUCCAAAAGGCCCAGCCUUGCUCCGGAAAAGCAUAAAUCGAGGUUUGGUGUCGAUGAUGAGUGGAAUGGAUUCAAGUCUAGGAUUGCCUCCACCUCUUCCUCCUACAAGAGAUCGAAGUAAGUCUGUAGGAUCAACAGGAAAGAUUCAUGGUUAUGAUAAUGCACCUGGCAGAGACAUUCUGCCAAAUGCUUCAAUGGGAUAUACAGCUUCUCAAGACUGUUAUCUGAUGAUGGGAGAAUUCAUGGAUGAGCCAAAGCCAUCCUCUCAGUCAUCUUCCUCACAACAUGGUCAUACAGUAGCUAGUCGAAGAAAUACAAGCUUUGAAGAGGCAUCAUAUUUUGACAUGGUUACAGAUCCUGGAUACAACAGAGAAUGCUUCAGACAUUCACGAUCAUAUUCUGCAAGUGGUGUGAUUGAGAAUCAGUUCCAAGUGUCAACCCAUGGUCGAAACAGCCCUGCCCCUGCAUUGCCACCAAAGAAAAAUGAACUCCAGGUGCAGUAUCGCCAAACUAGACCAGAGAGUAACUACAUGGAGAUGACUGGACUUACUAGCAAAAGGAGCUCAGUGCUGCAGAAUCUACAGACCUUGCAGAAUUAUGUAAGCACAACACCUGCUUCCAAUAACAGUGAUUCUUCUGGACAGACACCCAAGCCAGCUAUCCCUUUCCCACAGUUGAUAACAUACCAGAAACCUAAGGUAGAAAAUACCACUUCUCCAAUAUUAACCUCUCAGAUAAGUUUAGCCAACCAGGAGCAGCCCAAGGAGAGCAGUGGAUUUCUAGCUAGAUUCAAGCGAAGGAAUUCUCGUGACCAAAAAGCAGCAUCGCAGAGUCAGGAGAACCUCAUCGGUGUGUCCCAGCAUUCCAUCAUUUUGGAACGUAGUCAGUCAGAGCAAGGGGAGCAGCCAAAAGUGGAAAAGGUUCAAUGUAGCCCACUGCUAAAGAUUGGUAGACGAAGAUCAUCAAGCUUUCCGAAUCGACUGAGCUAUCAAGAGUCAAUUGCAGAGUCCAAGACAUCAUCUGAGAGCAGUCGGGAGGAUGUGCAGCUUUAUAUAUCUGAGAAACAGCUGCAGGAUGAUGACCGGUCCAAUGGUUUCCCAUAUCGGCAGACCUCGGCCGAUUCAGCAAGGCUUUCUGAAGACUCUGAAAGAAGCACUAAUGACAGCUUCUGUGGUGAUGACUACAAAGACAGCGACAUUCAGCCGUUGUUGAAGAGCGAUGAUAAUAGAAAAGAAAUAAAGGUUUUGACAGUCCUGCAUGUUUGCCAGGACUUUGUGUACAAUCCCACUGCUAGCACCACAAAACUAUCGAAAACGGAUGAUGAAAAGUUGAUUGAACUGCUGCAGAAUGGUUAUUCUUCCAAACUGGGCAAAAUGUCGGACGUUGUCCACAAAAGCAAAGCCAGUAUUUAUUUACAGAAAGUGCCAUCUCCUGCUGAACAGGCAGCUGAAAUAGCAAGACACGUGACACUGUUACCGCCAUUCAUACCGCCGAAAGCGAAAAACUACUGCAUGUUGUCUCCCGUCAGAGAGAGCAGUCCAACUUUUUCUCCUUUACUGAACUCUGUUGACACCGAAUCAAUUUAUGUGGAGAUGAAAGAGCCCAAACCUGAAGGAUCUGUUAACGAUAGCGAUGUGCCCGUUAGUCCAAGUGCUCAAAAGCUGAAGGCACAAGCAUCUCUGAGAAUCCGCCCAGCUGUGGAAGACGAUAAUGGCAAAGUGUGGGUUCCUCGUACGUGUAGUCCUGUACCUGCACCAGAAGCUUCAGGUGACGAUGUAGACGCCGCUGACGACGAUGUCGAUGAUGUUGUGACAUCUGUGCCACUGCAGUGCAGCACCCUCGUUGUGUCUGUCGAUGACCUUAUUGAACUCUAUGACAGUGAGGACCACAUUUCAAUAUCGUCUCGUGACAGUGACACUCAUAGCAUACGCAGCAGUCCCGCGUCCACCAUUCUCCGGCCCCACUCGGGCCUAAACUACCAGAUGAUAGACCGGCGCCCCGCUGUCAGCGAAAGUGAACCGUCUAGUCCCCGGACACCAUACUCUCCAUCCACCGCCACCGUGUUCAGUUUCGACAGCGAGGCGUCGUUUUCCUCGUCCAACACUUCAUCAACUAAGACUAACACCCAGGUAUUACUACCCAGUGCUCAACAGAUUCGUGAGAUGGAGUUAAGCCGCGUGAAGUUGUACUCGCGGGAAACCAGUCCUGAGGCUAAUUUCAUGUCUGUGCACCACGGAUAUUUAAACAUUGGUGUUAGUCAUGUUCAGCAAGCGAGAGACAGCGAUUCGGAAACUAGGUCGCUGUCGCUGAGCCGCGAAACGUCGCCAAAAGUCCCGUCACAUGUGCCAACGUCUUUGAGUCUGCCGGCCGAACAGGUGAACCGUCAGUUGAACUAUUUAGAGAUUGAUCUGAGCCCACCUGCGAACCCACCCAAAAAGCAUAAAAAGCCUGUGCCAAAGAAAGUGACGGCGAUCGAGUAUGCACAGAUUGACAUGGUUGCUACGAAAGGACUGAGCAAAGCGAGCCUGGAGCACGCUCAGUCCCGUAAAGACACGGACAGCCUACGUCGAUCGGCUAGCUGUGCUACCCCGUCGACGACAAAAAAUUCAUUUUCUCUGGCCAGUUCACAGAAGGAGAGGAAAAGCUCGGCAAGAGAGAGGCAACUGAGUACAGGCUCGCUAGAUGAAUCCUAACAUAAUUUGUUUAAACUUUUGUUGUUUUUCUUAUCCAGUUUUUGUUGCAGUUAUACAGUGCUAUCAUUGUUUUCAUAAAGAGAAUCAAAGGUGAAUUGUUGUCUCUGAAGAUUAUAGCUGGGCACAG